AUGCCUCUCACCGGUCACUGUCUCUGUAAAGCGGUCACGUACUCCGCUGACGUCGACCAGCCUAUCAUCACCGGCUACGACCACUGUGAUGACUGCCAGCGCCAGUCCGGCUCCACCUACUCCUUGGUCGCUGUCGUGCCCAAGGCGAAGCUGACCAUCAAUGGCCCCGUCAAGACAUGGUCCGGCAAGGGUAGCUCCGGCAAGGCCGUCCACCGCCUUUUCUGCUCUGAGUGCGGCUCGCCCAUUGCCCAUGAUCCCGAUGCGGCGCCGGAGAUUAUUGCUCUGAAGGCUGGCACGCUCGAUACGGAAAUCAAGAAGAACCUCAAGCCGGUAUGUAGCGGACAGAUUUGA